AUGUUCUCGUGGUGGGUGUUAGCCGUCUCUCUGAGCGCCCUCGGCGUCUUCCGCAGAUGUCAUUACGCCACGCUCGGCCAAGAGCAGCAGGAGAAGCAGUUCCAGGAGCGGCUUGACGCGGCCAUGGAGUUCGAGCGGAAGAGGGAGAGGGAAGCACAGGAAGCCAGCACGGCGGCAGAGGCACAGAUGGAGAAGAAGGUCACUAGCCCAGGAGAACAGGAAGAUACGGAUGCUGAAGUCCAGCGUGAACUUGCAGAAGUCAUUUCGAGGACAAACAGCAGAAUCCUCCCACGCAAGCGCUUGCGGGAUGAGGACGGCGAGAGCUCGAAAAAGAAGGCAAAGACUGUCGCGACCAAAGCCCCGCCGAGGAAGCCCACCUUGUUCGACGACCUCGAUGCGACAUCCACGCCGCGAACCUCCGGUCGCAGCAGCCGAGCACCAGUAAAGUAUGGCGACAGCAGCGAUGAUGAAAGCGCACUGUCAUCACUCUCGGAUGCCGACUUCGAAGAUGUCCUGACUGCCAAACCCCCGAAGGCGGACGAGCCAAGCGACGACGACGACGACGACAUCGAAUUUGAAGAUGUCCCGCAUGUGGCUUCCGCUGUCCCUGAAGGGCCUGAACCUUCGGGAGAUCUUGAGCUGACGCUAUACCGAGAUCCGCAUGUUUCAUACGAAGAUGCGCUUGGUGACAAGAAAGGACCAACGAAGCGCGAGCGCAGGAUUCGGAUUACAACGCACUGCAUUCAUGUACAGUUUCUUAUGUGGCACAACGCGAUACGUAAUUCCUGGUUAUGCGACCCGGAAGUACAAGGGAUACUACUCUCACAUCUUUCACCAUCACUUUGGGAGGAAGUUGAGCGGUGGAGACGGAACAGCGGCUUGCAGCCUCAAGAAGAAAGCAAGCCGAAAGUCUCGAAGGACACGAAAGGAAAAGGCAAGAGCAAGCCGACACCCAAGGGGAAGGGCAAAAAGGGAGCCGAAAAGCCUUCUAGGGACUGGGGCGAUGCUGCCGAACGACUGGAAAAGGGGGCCGUUAAUAUGAGCCAUGGCGAUCCGUUGUUCAGGCUAGUUAAGGCGCUGGCUGCGUGGUGGAGACAACGAUUUCGCAUUACGGCGCCUGGCCUUCGAAAGCUGGGGUGGAUGAAGUUGCAGCGUCUCUCGCGACUCACGAAGGAGUUUGAGAAUGACAAGGACAAUCACGAGCUGUUUGGCGAGAGGAUCCGCAACAUCGAGGACUUUAAACGACGAGCCCAAGAGUGUACGGGCAGUCGCGAUUUAGGAGCACAGCUCUUUACGGCUCUUCUUAGAGGACUCGGCUUGGAGGCUCGGAUGGUCGCAAAUUUGCAGCCGGUCGGGUUCAGCUGGACGAAGCUCGAGGAAGCAGAUCCAGAGAAAGAGGAUGAGAAGGCAGAAAAGACACAGCCUCCUGUCGAGCCUGCAAAAAAGGCAGCAAAGACGAAAGCGAGCAAGGUGUCUAAGCCUAGCCAGCCAACCAGGUCAUCACGUCGGACAAAUCAAAAGCACACGAAAGCUGAUGCGGAGGAUUCUGAUGAUUUUGACAUGUUGGAGGAGAAUAGCGACAAUGAUUCGGUCAUCGAACUUCCCACCCCUAAGAAAGGCGCGAAAUCAAAAGUGUACGACAAGGACCUCGAGUUUCCUCAUUAUUGGACUGAAAUCUUGUCUCCGGUCACGAAUAAGUACCUUUCAGUGGACGUCAUUGUCAAAAACAUUGUUGCAACCAAUCGUGAGCUUGUCGAAGCCUUCGAGCCGAGAGGCGGCCAGGCUGACAAGGCCAAGCAAGUCAUGGCUUAUAUCGUUGGCUUCUCCCCAGAUGGAACAGCUAAAGACGUCACUGUUCGAUACCUCAAGCGCCAGACACUUCCUGGGAAAACCAAGGGCAUGCGCAUCCCUGUCGAGAAGAUACCUGUACACAAUAAGAACGGGAAAGUGAAAAAGUAUGAGCAAUUUGACUGGUUCAGAUCUGUCAUGCGGGCAUAUGCUAGAGGCGAUAGAAAACACCCCUUAACAGAGGUCGACGAUGAGGAGGAUUCCACCGAUCUGAAGCCUGCGAAGCCUCAGAAGAAGGAGGUGAAAGAAGGAGAGGAAACCUUGCAAUACUACAAGCAGUCUCAAGAAUUUGCUCUUGAACGACACCUGAGGAGAGAGGAAGCCCUGCUGCCGACGGCGGAGCCAGUCAAGGUCUUCAAAAAUAAAGGAAAGGGCGGUAAAAUAGAAGAAGAGCCAGUGUACUUGCGAAAGGAUGUUGUGCAGGUGAAGAGUGCCGAGACAUGGCACAAGCAAGGUCGGGCUCCCAUAGCCGGUGAACAACCACUCAAGAAAGUUCCUUACCGAGCUGCGACGACGAAUCGACGACGGGAGAUCGCGGAGGCAGAAGCUGCUACCGGGCAAAAGGUUCUCCAGGGGCUGUACAGCUUUGAUCAGACCGAUUGGAUCAUUCCUGACCCCAUCCGAGAUGGCAUUAUUCCCAAAAAUGAUUACGGCAAUAUCGACCUCUUUGUUGAGCAUAUGUGUCCUGAAGGCGCUGUACAUGUACCGUACAGAGGAGCGGUGCGUGUUUGCAAGCGAAUUGGGAUCGACUAUGCUGAGGCAGUUGUUGACUUUGAGUUCGGCCAUCGAAUGGCUGUUCCUGUCAUUCAGGGGGUUGUCAUCGCGGUGGAGUAUCAUGAUCAGGUCAUGGAAGAGCUCGCGAAGGACGAGGCAGAGCGUUCCCGCAAGGAAGAUGAGAAACGCCGCAAGGCAGCCCUCGCACAGUGGAGGAAGCUCCUUAUGGGCAUGAGGAUUGUCGAGAGGAUUCGACGAGAAUAUGGCGGACUCAAGGACGACUUUGUAGCCUUUGGGCACAGCCGUGGGGCAGAUAGUGAUGUGCUCGAAAGUGCACUGGCCGACGAAGAUAUGGCUGGCGGCUUCUUACCUGCAGGAUUUGAGGAAGAUGUCCAAGAAGAGCCACGUCAAACCUCUAGCUUCUUCCCCGUGGUCGACGAGAAUGACCAUUCGGAGGACAACGAUGGCGAGGAUGCCCUCAUGGUAGAAGAUGGAGACAGUGAGCUGGUGUUUGGACAUACCUACCCUACACCCCAGUCAGGGGCAGUUGCCCAAGAAGAGGAAGUCAAGCCUCGAGGCAGGCGUACCGCUCAACGGGCGCGAAGGACCGUCCCGUCUUCAGAAGAUGAGGAAGAUAGCAUGGAUUCUGCCGAGUCUGACGAUGAUUACGAAGCAUAG